UGUCUGCGUUUUUAUGUGCGAAAUGGCAGGACGUGGUAUUCGAAAGUCGGAGAAGUGAGCACCUGGAGGAAUAUUCCCCCCAGUACAUGUUAUGGAGAUAGCUGCAACAUCACACAGGGCGGAAGUGUGCGGCGCGCUGUAGUGACGUCCUGCUGACGAGCCCCCUUCUCUGUUCAAGAUGUCCCGGGAUUUGAUCGGUCCAGCUCUGCCUCCAGGAUUCCGCGGCGGUGACCAUGAAGAUGAGGAAGAAGAAGAAGAAGUUGCAGGUCCAGUGUUACCUCCUGGAUACAGAAGGCAUCAGAGUUCAGAUUCAUCUGAGGACAGUGAUCAGGAGACGCCACAUGGCCACUGCCACCCUAAGGAGAGAAAUGAGCCACCACAGAGAAUACUAGAAACUCCGCAAGAUGAUGAUGAUGAAUUUUUUGGGCCUGCCCUUCCACCAGGUUUUACAAGACCAUCGGAUUCUCCUGAAAGACUGGUUAUAGGUCCAGCCCUGCCCCCUGGUUUUAAAAGACAAAGUUCAGAUAGCGAGGAUGGUUCUGAUUAUAAAGGAUCUUCAGAUAAGUAUAAGACAGCAGCAGAUGAUGAUGAUGAUGAUGUCAUUGGUCCAUUACCUGCCAAAGGCCAUGUCCAAUCCAGUGUUGCUGAGGAUAUUGAACGCCGUGCCCUGAAAAUGAAACAGAAGCUUACCUCAAAGGAUGAUGAGCUCAAGAAUCCCGCAAGAGAGUCUUGGAUGACUGAGCUUCCUCCAGAAUUGACUAACUUUGGGCUGGGACCGAGAACAUUUAAGAGAAGAACUAAUGAACGUUCCAAGGAUAGGUCGGAUUGGACAGAUACCCCUGCUGACAGGGAGAAGAAAGAAAGGGAGAAACAAGAAGGCAAAGCUUCCAGCAGUAAAGGUGACGAAGUCCCACAAGUUUCUCAAAGAGAUAAAAGAUUGGCAGAGCAGGUGUCCACGUAUAAUGAUUCAAAAAGAUCAGAACCUCUCAUAGAUCUUCACCGCAAAAAACUUAAAAGGAAAGCAGACGAAGAUGAAGGUAAACCUAAGGAAAGAAGACCGUUUGACCGAGAAGAAGAUUUAAAGGUUAAUCGCUUUGAUGAUGCUCAGAAGAAAGCUUUGCUUCGGAAAUCCAAAGAGUUGAAUACUAAAUUCUCACACGGAAACAGCAGCAUGUUCCUGUGAAGAUAGACAUCCAUAUAAAUGUAUCAUGGCUUUAUCUACUGAGCCCAUCUGCCCCCACCCACCCAUAGACUUCACGUGGAAGGUCAUUCAGAACCCCUUAUAUCUGAUAGUUCUACAACAAACCCCAAUAUGCUUCUGGCGUUUGCUUUUGCUGUAAAUAUAUUGCCUUUUGAAUUCCUUUAUAUGCAUGAGUUGCCUUCACCUGACCCCAUCCAAGGACUUUUCUGUAAUAUCAGUAGGUUUCCAUUUUGUUUUAAUUUACACCUCCAAACUAAAGUCAGUAUGAACUAAGCAACUCUCUUGGGACUCGAAAAUGUUUAGAUGUAUUGAACAUACAUGACGACCAUAUAUUGCCCCUAGGCAUCCUCAGUGAAGCAGAGUACCUGGGUAAGAAGAGGAAACUCGCCAGGUCUUUUCUGUGUUGACCUCUAGCCCUGUCUAACAUUCUUCCUCUAUUAAAGGGAACCUGUCACAAGGAUUUUGGCCCCUUACAGCAUAACAUAGAAAAAGUACUCAGAAGUCGGCACGUGCUGUAUUCUAAUCCCCUGUAAGCUGUCUUGAGAGUGAAACCACUCUGCAGAAGAGUCACACCGGCUGCUUCCACUCUUGGCUUGGUUGAUGUUCCACAGGCCAAGUACACCCUUACAAGCCAUCUCCAGCUACAUCAGGCACUUGUGUAGAUGAAGCUGAGGCCAGCACAUUUUGCUUCGAUGCACAUGUGCUAGAUGCCAAUGGAGGCAACUUGAGAUGAUGUACCCAGCCGGUGGAACAUCAGUCAAGCCAGGAGCAGGGCCGAUAACAGGUUGGUUGUGGUCUAAAUCCUCUGAACAGGUUCCUUUUAAAGGGUUUCUGUCAUGAGAAAUAACGUUAUGUAGCUGACUGACAUUAGCGA